AUGCGUUCCGCUAAAGCUGUUGUCUCUGAGAACCUCGCGCGCUACCGCAAAGCGAAUCCCGGCAUGUCAUACAACACUAUGGCUGGAUCGCAGUCACAUCAGCACACCUUGACAUCAUUAAAGCGAUGGUCCGUCGUGAAUACGGAGUUACCUGCUGUUUCUCAAAUCAAAGCAAUUCACGUGUAUGAUUUCGAUAAUACUUUGUUCCUCAGUCCGUUACCGAACCCACAACUUUGGCAUGGAAGUACCAUCGGUCAUCUGCAAUCAGAAACUCAUUUUGCCAAUGGCGGAUGGUGGCACGAUCCAAAUAUUCUCUCCGCUACAGGAAAAGGCUUGGAAGAGGAGGAAGCACGAGCAUGGAAUGGUUGGUGGAAUGAAAAUAUUCUCCAUCUGGUGAAGCUCAGCAUGAAGCAGAAGGAUGCUGUUACAGUGCUCCUGACUGGUCGAAAUGAAGCUGGCUUUGGGGAGCUCAUAAAGCGUAUGGUGGCAACCCAGAAGCUAGAUUUCGACUUGGUGGGUCUGAAACCAGAAGUUGGCCCCAAUGGAGAACGCUUUGCCUCGACUGCUGCAUUUAAACAUGCCUUCCUCGAAGAUCUCGUCCUCACUUACGAUCAGGCUGAUGAAAUUCGAGUGUAUGAAGACCGACCCAAGCAUGUCAAAGGGUUCCGUGAUCAUUUUGAGGACAUGAACAGGAAGCUACAAUCCGGGCAAUUUGCUUCCCGAAAGCCCAUCAAUGCCGAGGUUCUCCAGGUAAUCGAGUCCGCUACCUUGCUUGAUCCAGUAACCGAAGCUGCCGAAGUACAGCGCAUGAUCAAUUCGCACAACCUUGCUGUCCGCAAUCCGUCCUUAGGGCGAUACAAGACAUUCUCAACCCGGCGCUACAUGCGUAUUAAGCGCACAAUCAUUUACACGGGAUAUCUAAUAUCGCAAGAGGACUCCAAGCGUAUGAUCGAAGAAGUGUUGAACCCACUUCUUCCCAAUGGACUUGCCGAGUCGAAUGAUAUCAAGUACAUGGCUAACAAUAUCCUGAUCACGCCUCGCCCGGCCCCACACUCCAUCCUGGAAAAGGUUGGUGGCCUUGGCAAGAAAGUAAGCUGGCAGAUCACUGGAACGGCAGUGCUCGAAAAUAGAGUUUUCGCAGCCCGCGUCGCAACUAUACCGUCAACUGAACAGGUCUUCUCGGAGAACCCAGUACCUCUGAUUGUACUGGCCGUUCGUAAAGGUGCUCGCCCAGUCGAGGCAUCGAGAAUCACGAACUGGCAACCUGUUCCUUCCAAUCAAGCCCUGAGAUUUGACACCGUUGUUGGAGAAAAAGUCAUACUUCGUGUUGAAGAUGACGAGAGAAGUGGGCCUCCAACAGGGCCUAAGCAUUCUAAGAAACGCCAGCCCCAAGAUCAUUAUGAAGAAGUUCCUCACCAGCAGAAUACUCACAACACAAACCACGAGACAUCCUCUCAUUCCCACGGCUUCCAUCCGUAUUCACGGCCUACUGGGGAGAAUCGGAAUCAGUACGAUGAUAAUAACUCUCGCCGAGGCUCUUACCGUGGGCGAGGACGUGGUAACGGAAGAGGUCGCGGCAACGCUACACGCGGUCGGGGCCGGGGUCGUGGCGGCCGCGAUGGAGGCGCAAACCCUUACUACAAGUCACUAGAUGACUACAGCAAUGGUUACGAUGGGAUGCAGGAAAACAAGGGCGGCAACAACAGUAAUAAUGGAUAUCCUAUGGACUACUGA